AUGGGAAAUAGAAUCAUAGAAAAAUUUAACCACACUUUUCUCUCCAUGCUAAAAACUUUGGAAUUUUGUCAGAAAUCAGAGUGGAAGAGUGAUAUUAGCAGCUCAGUCCAUGUCUACAUCUCUAUAGCCCAAGAUAAAACCAGGUGUUCACCAAUUUUCCUUAUCUUUGGAAGAAAGCCUGAACUAUAUGUAGAUGUGUUUGGAUUGUCCAGUCCACAGAGUGAUAACAAAUUGUCCUAUUAUCACCAGAAGACCCCUCAAGAGGAUGAUGACCUUUCCUUGUCUAGAGAAGCUUCAGAACCCGGUUUGGAAGAGGAUCCUCUUCGUAAGGAAGAGUCUGAAUACACUUUUAAACAGAGGGUUCGGACCGCCACUUCAACUGUCGACAUGAAGUUUCUGGUAUUGGCAAUAUGUUGCGGAAUAUGUAGUGCUGAAUUGAUCGAUAAAGACACUACCAAAAGCGUAGACCUAACUGUGAGGACCGAUCUCUCAGUUUUAAUCAACAGUCAGUAUGAAAAUUACAGCGUUAUUGCCCUGCAACUGCUUACAACGUGCAAUGACUCCGUCAACGCUGCCGUGGCAUUCUGUGACAGCAACUGUGAGAGCAGUGGAGGCGGCGGCGGUGGAAACCCGCUACAAGCAUUGCAAGCAGGAGUGGAUUCACAUUUCAACAAAUUCAAAGGUGGAGUUAAUGCGGCUGGAUCAAAAAUCAAGGAUGGGAUGAAGUCUUUCACAAAUAUGGUAAAGAAACUGUCCAAGCUGGAAAACGCAGGCGAAAAAUUCAAACAGACGUUUUCAAACUUGGGCAAUAAAAUCAAAAACGGAGUCUCGGGCGUCUCUAGCAAAGCUUUGAACGAAUUGAAAAAAUUAACAGGUACAAUUGGAGGGCAUGUGAAGAAGUGGGCGGGAGGAGCGAAAAAGUGGUUUGAGGAUACAUUUGGAAGAAGACGGAGGCGUGCCGCCGCUUUAUCCUGCGAACUCUGUAACAGGAUUUCUGCCGCCAAAGAAGACAAACUCUUGGAAACCGUUUGUGGAACUGAAGCUACAACCAAAAUAUAUCUCUAUACAACAAUGCUGGAUAAAAUGGCUGCCAUGAUGUCAUCCAUGAGUGAAUCUACUCUUGUCCUCGAAGUUGAUACCGACAACACUAAGUCGAAGGUUGUGUCCUUUAGUCCUCUGACUGUGGAGAGUCCGUUCGUCUAUGUCAAGUACACGGUGAACGGCACAACGACAACUGUACGCUCCAUCGUCAAUCCGCCGGAUAUGGUCAAUUUAGCGUCUACCACUUCCAUAGCCAAUGUCGCUACGUCUGAAAUUUACAAGAGCUAUCUCACACCUUAAUGCAUGAAUAGCAGUCUCUGAGCUUAUGUGGUAUUGGGACAAUGGAAAUGGUAGUGAUCUUUCUAUAGAGUAAUGAUAAUACCCCAUAGCACAGAUGUGUGUUAGUGGUAGAAAAAGAUGGCCAUGGAACUCGGUCUUUUACCAACGGACUGUGCAGAUUUCAGGUCAUUUAUUACUAUACAGUAAGACUUUCACAAGAAAAUUUCUCGGCUCCUUUACAUCCCGGAAUACAUAAAGCUCUGAGACUAUCUGACAGUAUCAUAUUAAUGAUUAAUAAAACUAUCUGCAGCUUA